UCAACUGCCAUCUCUCACCACUUUGCCCAAAAAUUUCAUCAUUCUCUGUCCAUCACCUGGCAUAAGGAUUCUAGCAUCCAAAUUUGAAUGGUAUUCUAUUCGAUUCUUCAAUUUCAGGUCUCAUAAUGGUAAGUUUCAUUCAAAAUUUGAGUUUAUUAAUCUCCGAUUCUUCUUCUCAUUCAAGCUAUGGCGAUCGUGCUCAUGGGCGUCUGCGGUUCUGGAAAAUCUACUAUUGGUGAGAUGCUGGGCAAGGCCUUGGAUUUCACUUUUCUUGAUGCCGAUGAUUUUCAUCCAAUCUCUAACAAGGAAAAAAUGUCGAAAGGAAUCCCUCUCUCGGACGAAGAUCGGAUACCAUGGCUCGAGAAGAUUCGAGAUACCUUGAGAGAAAACAUAACAUGUAGAAGAAGUGUAGUUCUUGGUUGUUCAGCUCUACAAAAACACUAUAGAGAGAUUCUGAGAUCAAGUGAUCAAAAUUAUGAAAAAAUGGAAACAAUGAAAUGUGUGGUGAAGUUUGUUCUAUUGGAUGCUCCAGCUGAAGUGAUUGCUUCAAGAUUAGAGAAAAGAGCCAAAGAAGGGAACCAUUUCAUGCCUUCAACUCUUUUGAAAUCCCAAUUGGAUUUGUUGCAAAUUGAUGAUAGUGAAGGUAUUAUAAAAGUUGAUGCUACUCUUACUCCACAAGCAAUUGUUAGUAAUAUUAUUAUGUUGGUUUUUGGAUCUUUGGUUUUAACUAACAAUGAGAAAUCAUAGUUUUGAUUUUCUCAUCCUCUUCCUUCUUACAAAUUUCUUGUUUCUUGGAAAAAGGAAACAAAAAUGUGAUUCGCAAUUGAAAACUGAGAUAUUUAAAGGAUGUUUGAAGUGCAAAGAGAGUUGUGAGGUUAUAUAAUCUACGGAGUUGAAUA